GAGAGUUGAGGGGGAUAGUAUAGUGAGAAGAUGGGUUCAAACAUGAAGAGAAGGUCCAUAGCUUGGGUUUCAGUGAUUUCUCUUGCAAAAGCCUAAGAUCAGCUAAUUGCCAAUACGCACUUCAGCAAAUUCUGCCUGCUUCAUCCUCAAGCCUAGGUUUGCGAUAUGCGGCUUUCUCUCGCCCGAUCAUGGGUCACAUGCGACAUCUUGUAUCCUUCCCGGGCAUGGCUUAGCCGCGUUUUGCUCCGCCUCUUUGUCCUCUGUGCUCCAAGGACAUACGAGAACUUCUUCGAAACAUCCCAAGCGAGCAUAUAUUUAAGAACUCGAGACAUCUCCCGAAUUUGUGUUCUGAGAAUCCAACACUCUCGGCGUGGAGUUGCCCAGAGCCGAAUUUACCAGUUCAAGAGCGGAACAGUUGCGGCCCGAAUACUCCAGAAUCUACCAAUAGAGCGAGCAUGACUGGACAAGGCUCACGGUCAACGGAGAAGGAAGAGGAGCAUGCGCCAGCUUACGAGGCCGUAGGGCAAUCCGCACCGCCUCCCGCAUACGAGGCUGUCGCAGCGAACAUGCAAUCUCUUAGCAUCGGUGACCCAGCAGAAAGCAUCAGUGUUCCAAUGGUCAUGUCUACCGAGCAAAAGCGCAAGCGAGACAUUUUCCUACCUGGGGGCAAACCUGGCAAAGUGACACAGUCUGUUUUUGUGAGGAAGAUGACGCGCGAUUAUUACUUGAAACACUACGCGAAGGACGCUCAAGGGAACUACAUUGGGACUGAGAAGGCGGCUGCGGAUGCAGGACUUGUGUUUGUGCCAGGGAAGAGCUCAAACGAGGAGAUUUUGGAGCAGGUACGGAAAGUAGCGUUUGGCAAGCAGCAUGACAAUGCAGAUUUUGCGAAUGGGUGGGCUAUGGUGCAGGCUGGUGGUGGGGCGAUGUAGGG